AUGACGCUAAGAUUGCUGGAUGACUCGGAGUCAUUGAUAACACGGGUACAUCAUAGAGGCAUGUUAGGGCAAUGCGGUUCGAGACAAAACACAAAAGCUAAGAAAGAAUGCACAUCCCCCAUCCUUUUGAUUAAUACUGGCAAUAUUAAGGACCCUCUCCCGCUCAACCUUGCAACCUUUGGCAAUUUCAAAUUUGCCCUCCCACAUGCAGCACUAUCCGCGACCAUGGACUUACAAACAUUGACAGCAUCAGCCGUGGCGUCCACGCUCACUGAGAUUGUGUUCCACCCGCUGGACACGGUGCUCACUCUGCAUCAAACCAACACAGGCAACAAAUACAUUCUGCCAUGGCGUGCAUACUGGAAGGGUCUGGUACCGUCCAUUGCGCUCACCACCCCGGGGUUCAUGAUCUAUAUGGUCGCCUACCGUCAGAGCAAGGACUACCUGACCCCCUAUCUCGGUGAAUCGACACUAGCGAACUAUGCCGUCUCGGGAGGAAUCGCAGAGCUGCUGUCCUGCAGUAUCUGGACGCCUCUGGACGUUCUCAAGGGUAGAAUGCAGCUGGCACCAUCGGGAUACAAGACGAUGGAUCUCAUAAAAGACAUUUAUCACAACGAAGGAGUGAGGGGAUUCUUCCGAGGCUACUGGAUGGGUCUGGCGGUCUUCUUACCGCAGACAAUUGUGUGGUGGGUGACUUACGAAGAAUCCAAGAAGUGGUUUGAGAACAGAGAGAAGCCAGGAGAGGAGAUUGGAGCCUUUGCUUACGGAGCUUCGUCUGCUGCUGCAACAAUCACAUCGUGUGCUUCUCUCAACCUGCUGUCUGUUCUCAAAACUCGACAGCAGCUUGCUAUGGCCAAGGAAGUGACUGCUCUUCGACCUGACGAUCACCAGAGUAUCUUCAGGGUGGCUCGAAACCUCAUCAAGGACCAUGGAUUGUUCCGGGCCUGGUUCAAGGGUCUCCCUGUUCGACUAGCCCACCAUCUCCCUGCCUCUGUAUUUGGUAUGAUUCUUAUGGAGAAGAUGGCUCCAGACACACAGCAGUCCCGAGAUGAGAAGCGCCAGAAGGAGGAAGGCAAAUUCUAA